AUGGAAACCCAAACCAAAGAAAUGGAGGCAGGAGAGAAGUCCCCUGAGUCCAAGGACUUGUUGCCCAGCCAAACAGCCAGUACCUUGUGCAUCAGUUCUCGGAGUGAGUCCGGCUGGAAUACUCCUCCCCGGAAUAAAUGGGACAUUUACCACAAACCAGUCAUUGUGCUCUCAGUGGGCGGGGCAGUGUUCCUCUUUGGGAUUGCCAUUACUAGUCUAACUUGCCUCACCCUGGACAGAAACAACAACACGACCAGCAUAAGCAACAACAUGGGCAACAAAACCAGCAACAUAACCAAGGAGGUGUUUAAGCUGUGUGGUCCGGCCUUCCUUUCCCUUGGCCUCAUGAUGCUUGUAUGUGGGCUUGUCUGGAUCCCCAUCAUCCGCAAGAAGCUGCGACAGAAGCAGAAAUAUCCCAUCCUUCAGAGCAUUAAGUCCUUCUUCCUCAACCGCUGAAGGUAGUCUCUC